GGAUUAUUUAUAUAUAUAUAUCACUCGAAAGCGAAUAUGCUAUAUAUGAAGCCUAGCUUCUUUAUAAUUAACAAUAAAAACUUAACGGUCAAUUAAUGUCUAUGAAACCAGAAAAGACGGGUUCUCCGGCGACCGGAGGGAUGGAAAAGGCAGCUCACAGUGUAGAUAAGGCGGAGGAAUGUUAUCCGGUGGUGGUGGCGCUCUUGAGGCUGUUGCUGUUUGUUUCCUUGGCGGUGGCGGUAGUGGUUAUGGUGAGUAGCAAGCAAACUUACGUUGUUGUGCCCUUCCAGGCAACCCUUGCGGCAAAGUUUAGCUACUCCCCAGCUUUCAUAUACUUUGUAGCAGCUCUAUCUGUGGCAGGCUGCUGCAACAUCAUCUCCACAGUACUUUCAUUCUAUAACCUUAUUGUUAAGCCUUCCUGCCCAAUGCUAAUGUCCCAUUUUGUUAUCCUGGAUGUACUGCUGCUGGGGAUAGUGGCUUCAGCAACAGGAACAGCAGGUGGGGUGGCCUACUUGGGUUUAAACGGAAACUCUCAUGUUGGGUGGAUGAAAGUCUGCAACAUUUUCGACGUCUACUGCACACACAUUGGGACUUCUGUGGCUGUCUCCUUGUUCGCUUCUGUCAUACUGGUCAUCCUCAUCAUCCUGUCCAUCCACUCCCUCUCCAAGAAAAUCCCCAAGUAGCUAAAUAUCAUUUCAUUCCAUCUGUCAAAUGUGUUAUAAACCCAACCUGUAUUUGAAUCACUUUCAUGUGGAAGCAUUUAUUCUACAAUGCAUUGUACCACAGUAUUGUACAGAUCAAUUGAGUCAUGUGUUUGUACAGAAGGCCUGUGAUGAACAUUCAAAGUGUUUUCAAGUUUCAGAUGGUUACUCGAACAUUCAAGUGAGUGAUGAUCAAUUGAGUCAACAUUAAAAAAACAAGUUUUUAUUCAGGCUUGACAGCAUGGUAAAUAUACCAAUAUAACAAAAAGUCAUGUAAGGAAG